AGUGUCAUUUGGUUUAUUGGGUCAGCAUGAAGCACUCAUUCUUUUGUUCCUUGUGAUUUUCAAGACUUUGAGGUCUAUCUGGUCUGCCACUAAACCGGCUCAGUUUUGCUGCGAAUCAGCACCUCUGGAUAACAUGACGAGGUUUGCUUCCAUGUACUGUUCUGCUUUUUUACUGUCUCACUCAUCAGAAAACAGGUGAGAGCAUGUGACUGUUUUUAAUUGGUCCCAAAAAUCAUCAUCUCUACAAUUCUCACAAAAACCAAAAAAACCCACCUCUUCCUCCAUCAAACCUCUCCCUCACCAACCUCGAUUUGUUCAACAAAACUGACCCACUAAUAAUACACUCUGUGCUUUUCAAAUCUUUCCAAUCGUUUUCAAAUUCUUCUAAGCUAUUAAUUUUUUCUGUCUUAGCAUGGCAAAUAUUCUCCGUAUUUUCUCUGUUAUUUUCUUGCUAGCAAUCCCUGUUUCAUCCCAGGUAAGUGAGCUCAUCUAUGCCGGAUUCAAAGAUGCGGGAACAAAUAUAACAUUAAACGGAGUUGCAGAGAUUCAGAAAAAUGGGAUUUUGAGAUUAACCAACGACACCAGUAGAUUAAUGGGUCAUGGAAUUUAUAGCUCUCCGUUUAAGUUUAAGGACUCAACGACCGGUAAAGCUUUUUCUUUCUCUACCUCUUUCGCUUUCGUUGUAGUCCCUGAGUACCCAAAGCUCGGUGGCCAUGGCUUGGCUUUCACAAUAGCACCGUCUAAGGAUCUCAAAGCUCUUCCGAGCCAGUAUCUUGGUCUCCUAAAUGCCAGCGAUGUCGGAAACUUCUCCAACCAUGUCUUCGCCGUCGAGUUCGAUACGGUUCAAGAUUUCGAAUUCGGAGAUAUUAACGAUAACCAUGUCGGAAUCGAUAUCAAUAGCUUGAAGUCUAAUCUUUCCGAUGUCGCAGCGUAUUACACAGAGGAUUCUGGGAAACAGAAUCUGAGUUUAAAAAGUGGGAAAGCUAUUCAAGCUUGGAUUGAUUACGAUUCGGUUCAAAAUGUCCUCAAUGUUACGAUUUCUCCAUCUUCGAAGAAACCCAGAAAUCCCCUUUUGUCAUUUCAUGUAGAUCUUUCUCCGAUUCUGAAUGAGUUUAUGUAUGUGGGUUUUUCUGCUUCAACGGGCUUGCUUGCCAGCUCUCAUUAUGUACUAGGUUGGAGUUUCAAGGUAAAUGGACAAGCUCAAGCUCUCGAUUUGGCUUCGCUUCCUUCACUUCCAGGCCCAAAGAAAAAACACACAGGUCUAGCGGUGGCAAUUUCAGUUUCCGUAGUUAUUUUCGUAAUUUCUUCAAUCUCGCUCGCCGUUUAUCUAUACCUGAAGAUGAGAAACGCCGAUCCAAUCGAAGAUUGGGAGCUAGAACUGGGCCCACAUCGAUACUCUUAUCAAGAACUGAAAAAGGCCACGAAGAAUUUCAGAGACAAAGAGCUUCUCGGCUAUGGAGGAUUCGGUCGGGUAUACAAAGGAACACUCCCGGAAUCGAAAACCCAAGUCGCGAUUAAACGAAUCUCACAGGAUUCGAAACAGGGUCUCCGAGAAUUCGUAGCGGAAAUCGCAAGCAUUGGUCGGCUCCGCCAUAGGAAUCUGGUUCAGCUUUUGGGUUGGUGUCGUCUCAGGGGAGAUCUGCUUCUGGUCUACGAUUUCAUGGCCAAUGGAAGCCUCGACAAAUUCCUCUUCGACGAACCCAAAACGAUUUUGGAUUGGGAACAGAGAUUCAAGAUCAUAAAGGGUGUUGCUUCUGGGCUUUUGUAUCUUCACGAAGGCUAUGAACAGGUCGUGAUUCAUCGGGAUGUGAAGGCAAGCAAUGUACUCCUCGACAGUGAGCUCAACGGAAGGCUUGGCGAUUUCGGGCUAGCCCGACUGCACGAACACGGGUCGAACCUGACCACGACCCGGGUCGUUGGCACUUUGGGCUAUCUCGCACCGGAGACGCCCCGAACCGGAAAAGCCACAACGGCCUCCGACGUUUACGCGUUCGGAGCACUUUUGUUGGAAGUGGCAUGUGGACGGAGGCCCAUUGAGCCGAAAGCGGUUCCGGAAGAGUUAGUCCUGGUGGAUUGGGUGUGGGCCCAGUAUAGGGAAGGCAAGUUACUCGAUGUGGUGGACCCCAGGCUAGAAGGACGGUUCCAUGAGGAUCAGAUAGUGAUGGUGUUGAAAUUGGGUCUAUUUUGUUCUAACAACGAACCGAUGGCCCGGCCCAGUAUGAGGGAGGUGGUUAGGUGUUUGGAUGGUGAGAUUGGUGUAUCAGAGGAGUUGAGAAUUCAUGGUGGAAUGGAGAGAGGGAAGGUUGGACACGUGGAGGGUUUUGAUGAUUUCGUGCACUCAUUUGCUUCUUCUUCUUCUUCUGAUAAGAUGAGCAACCCGUACUCUUUUACUGGGAAUAGAGAAAUGGAUGCUAGUUUUGCUUCCCUUUCUGCUUCUUCUCUUUCUCUUCUACAGGGUAGAGGGGAAACCAGAUAGAGAUUUGUGAUUAUCCAUUUUCUUUUUCUUUUUUUUUUUUUUGGUCUUAGUAUUGAAAUUUGCUUUUCGUUUGGUUUGAAGAUGCAAGAAAAAAAUAAUAAUAAUAAUUAACACGAAAUCUACCCAAAUUACAACAGUUUGUACUUUUAUGUGAAGCAAUUAAUACAAUUGAAAUAGUUCAAUGACUAUAGAA